CAGAUUGUGUAUCAUUCGCUCACAUCGCCACUCAAGAAUGUGCCGGGUCCAUGGAUCAGCCGCUAUACCAACCUGCAACUUAAGUUCGCUGUCACCGGAGGCCGCCGCAUCUUCUACAUCGAUGACCUACACAAAAAGUAUGGGCCAAUAGUGCGCAUCUCGCCAACAGAAGUUGCUGUAGCAGACCCCACAGCUUUCAAGCAAAUCCAUGCCGUCUCUUCCAAGUUCACCAAGGACAUAUGGUACGAGAAGCUGACCAACUUCCCCCGGCUGAGCGUCUUUACCAUGCGUAUCCCCCGUGAACAUGGCCAGCGUAGGAAGCUCUUUGCUCGCGGCUUCAGCAAGACAUAUCUCAGAGAACAUUGGGAACCUACCGUCUGUGAGAAGACUCUGCUUGCGGUGGAGAAGAUCAAGGUCGAUGCUCAGACUGGCGUUGCAGAUCUGCUCAAGUGGUGGACGUUCAUGGCUACUGAUAUCGUCGGUAUACUUGGCUUCGGCGAGUCGUUUGGUAUGCUCGAACUUGGCAAGAAAACCGAGUAUAUUCGAGUACUCGAGGCAGCUCUUAUUGGCAACGGGAUUGGUGCCGAGAUGCCAUGGCUCCGUGCCAUCGGAAGUCGCAUACCGUUCAAGCCACUCAAGGAGGCCUUCAACUCAAGCGCAUACAUUCUAGGCUACGGUACCAAGGCCGUCGAGAACGCUCGCAAAGGUGGCCACGACUCCAACCUCAUGGCCACCAUCAUGGCGGAAGCCGAGAAGGGCGAAGCACACGUCGAUGACAUGGACGUCAAGACAGAAUCGACAUCACUGAUUUUCGCAGGUUCGGGAACGACUGCCAACACCAUGACUUUCCUCUCCUGGGCAGUCGUAUCCCGACCUCAACUGCGUGUAUCUCUGGAAGAGGAAGUCGCCCAGUUGGGAGACACUUUCACUGAUGCCGAUCUCGAACAGCUGCCUCUACUGAAUGCAGUCAUCAACGAGACUCUGCGUUUGUACUGUGCUGUACCAGGCAGUCUACCUCGAGUAGUGCCCGAAGGUGGCGCCACACUCGAUGGAUAUUUCGUUCCUCCAGGCACAACAGUCAGCACGCAAGCAUACACCAUGCACAGAGACGAAAAUCUUUGGCCAAACGCCAAUGUCUUCGACCCCACCCGCUGGUUCGAGGGCAAACACCAGAGCGCUGCAGCCAAAAGUACAUUCUGUGCUUUUGGAGCCGGUGCCUACAGCUGUCUCGGCAUCAAUCUUGCUUGGAUGGAGUUGAGAUAUGCUACUGCUUUCCUCUUCCGAGAGUGUAAGGGUAUGCGUAUUGCUCCGAGUAUGGCGGCUGAUUGUAUGGAUUUGGAGAAUUACUUUGUGAUUGUGCCCAAAGGACACAAGUGUGAGGUUACAUUGCAGUGA